AUGUAUUCCCAAUGCAAGGACUAUGGUGGGGAGAUAUCACCAAAAUGCUACUCUCGCUUUUCUCCUGUUCUUCCUCGUUCCUCUCCCCAGUUUUCUUUGUCAGUCCACUUGUGCAGAAAAAUGCCUGUAAGUGCCAUUCCAUUCAGACCCGUCCCCCCUUAUUUUCCUUGUCGUCCAUGUUCAAAAUCCUUUUCGCUCGUCCAAUUUUCCUCUGCAAAACCAUUCCAUUUUGUUGGAUUUUUCCAUAGAAGAGGGCCAAGAAUUAUGACGGAUUUGGUUAAUACAUCAGCUUUCAGAAGCAAUGAUGGUGAUGAAGGUUUCUUUUCCGUGGAAAAAGAAGCCAUCUUGGGUAAUGAACUGUCGGAGUUUCGUUCUAAUUUCAUAUCUGGUGGAUUCGAAGCUACUCUAAAUCGAUUGAGCAAGUGGCUAGUAUUUGCACUUUUUGGGGCUUUCAUUCUUUUGAGGCAUGAUAUUGAAGCUUUAUGGGCUGCAAUGGGGUCUGUCAUAAAUGCAUGGCUUUCAAUUACCAUAAAGCGGAUACUCAAUCAAGAGCGACCUGUUUCCACCUUGAGGUCUGGCCCUGGGAUGCCAUCUUCACAUGCACAGACAAUCUUCUUUGCUGUCAUUUUUGCAAUUCUAUCAUUGGUUGAGUGGCUAGGGAUCAAUGGAUUCACCAUUAUUGCCGGGGUGUUUGUCUUGGCUUGUGGCUCAUACUUUUCAUGGCUAAGGGUCUCGCAACAACUCCAUACACUCAGCCAGGUCAUAGUGGGGGCUGUCUUGGGGUCCAUUUUCUCUAUCUUGUGGUUUUGGUCAUGGAAUGCAAUUGUGCUGAAAGCAUUUAUUUCAUCUCUUUGGGUUCGGGUUCUUGUUGUUCUGGGGGCUACUGGAUGUUGUGUGGCCUUUCUAUUGUAUGUAAUUAGAAACUGGCUUAUGGAUGAAGAGUAAACUUUAGAAAAGAUAAUUUAUUAAGCUUUGGUAUGAAAUUCUUUUGUUGUAUGGUAACCAUCUAACAGCUUAG